ACAUGGUCUUCAUCACCACAGGACCCAGGUGGACAUGAUAGCACAAGUACACCUCCCCAAACCCGCCGUCGUCCAGGUGCUCUUUUCGGAUUACAUCUGUCGCUCGUAGCUGGAGUGACGACGGCGGCGCGGUAGCCAUUAUUGCCCUUUUUACAGAAAACGCACCCUAAAAGUGUUAUAAUACAGUAACAACUACCUACAACUACCUCGGACGAUUAGCUUGUCAUGUAAGAGAGAGGCAGAACACGAACAAAAGUUUUAAGGCUAACAUGAAUAUUUGCUAGCUAUCUGCGACGUGCUACAAAAAAGUGCUAAAACUAGUGAAAAGGGGAGCACAAUCGUAAUUUGAAUGUGCUAUCUGAUGGCAGGCCUACUUCCUGGAAUCGAAGAAUUGACGUAGAAGCUUUGGUCCUCCAUAGUACAGUACUGUAUCGACAUAUCACACCUCUUUGCUUUGGAGUCCUGAACUACAACUCCCAUGAUCCACCGUCCACAACUAUGCAGCUGGUUCCGCCGUUUUUAGGUGCAGACACACGCACUCUCAUUACGCGCGAGUAUGUGACCAAAUUGCGUUGGUUUUAGAAUAUCGGCAAGCAUCAAUAAUUAUUCUCCAUUAGUUACUAGCGUUGACGGACCUGAUUUUGUGGUCGUCCUUCUUCUUUCAACAUGGGAAAUGGCAUCAAUAAGAUCCUGCCCGACUUGUAUUUGGGAAAUUAUAGAGACGCAAGAGACCGAGAACAGUUAGCCAGGAACAAUAUCACCCAUAUCCUUUCCAUCCAUGACAACGCAGCGCCAGUACUCCAGGAGAUGACCUAUUUGUGCAUAUCAGCAGCCGACCUGCCCACACAAAACCUGAGUCAAUACUUCAAAAAGAGCAUCAUGUUUAUGCACGAAUCCCGAUUGAAAGGAGAAGGCUGCCUUGUUCAUUGUCUGGCAGGCGUCUCCCGCAGCGUCACUCUGGUGGUCGCCUACAUCAUGACAGUGACGGGACUGGGCUGGAAGGAUGCUCUGACCGCAGUGAGGGUGGUCCGGCCAAGCGCCAGUCCUAAUUUAGGCUUCCAGCAUCAGCUCCAGGAGUUUGAAACAGCUCAUGUCGAAGAAUUCAGAAAGUGGCUCCAGCAGGAACAUAAGGAGAACACAUUUAAAGACGAAGCAGACAUUAUGGAGCUGCUUGCUUCUUCUAAAAUCAAAUCUGAGCAAGUGGAAAACCAGGAAUUGAAGCAAAAGGGAUCCCUCUGAGCACUGAGCACCGCCGAAGAAGAGCACCUGACUGCCUACAGAGCAUCUCUUGUGCAAAGAUCUUAGCACAUCAGGCUCCUCCCUGAUCCCCGCAGCCAAUCAACUUAUGAUAAGGUUUAAAAAACUGACAUAAGA